AGCUGUCAUGUCAGUGUCAACAACAGAAUUUGAGGCAAUCGGCAUAUUUAUUCUCAUUCAUUCAUUCCAAUUAAAUAUCAAGUAAUAUUGUAAUUUUUGAUUUAAUGUUUGUGUAUUCAGCACUACAUACCGUUUUUGUGUAACAACAGUAUUGAUUAUAAAGUCAUUCUACUAGAUUAUAAGCAGCUGAUUAGGGAUAUUAAAAUAUUCGCGAACAACACAAAGUACUUUUUCUACAAUGGGCGAUAUUGUUGACCUUACAACAUGGCCAAGACAUCACAAUAUAUUUUAUAAAAUCACAAGCAAUGGACUGAACUUCGAAAUUAAAGCUCCCGGUAAUGCAGGUAUUGGUUUGGCAAGUAAAGCAGGAUCAAAUUGUGAUUUUUUGGUUGGUAUAGGCCAUAACCGUAACUCUUUUAUUAAGAAACUGACUGCAAGAGAAAGUAGGGAGUCGGCAGAAACACCAAACAUUUUGUCUUCACAAGAGUACAGAAGAUUUUGGAUUUCAUGGUAUGGCGACGUAAUACGUUUGGGGUUAGAUGGUGAAGUUAAACCAAUAGUCACUUUUAACUAUAGCAAAAAUGAUAAUUUGAAGUAUGUUACUUUUACUGCCAUUGAUGAUAAUCGAAACCCUGUACAUUGGAGAAUUGAAUUGCCACCAGUACUAGAGAAGCCUCUCAUGAAGCCAGUGACAGACGGUGAGCUGUACUGGGUGCAGGUUGAUGCAGAAACACCAUUCCCAGAUGCAGCAUAUAUUGGGGGUUAUGAAAAAGAAAAUCUCUACAUAAUCAGGGCUAAACAUAGAGGAUCAUUAACCCCAGGAAAAUUUGUUUCUUCAGAAGGAGUGGGAUAUAUUCCAUGGGGAGGGGAUGCCAAUGAAAAAAAUUCAUUUGAGGUUUUAUGUGGAUUUAAUUGUAUGUGGGUGCCCUGUAGACUGGAUCAUAUACCAAUUGGAGCUGUGGUUGCUGGUCAUUCCGAGGACCAUGGCCACGAGAAACUGUAUGUCGGAAGGGCCAAAUAUUUUGAUCACAUCAUCCCAGGAAAAGUGCAACCAUCACACAAAGUCUGUUACAUACCAUAUGACGGAAAGGAAGUCAGCGUAGAAAACUAUGAGAUCUUAGUAGUCCCUGAGAAAAACAGAUGUGCUAACAAGUUCCUGGUACCUUGCAUAGAUGAUAGUUUGCUUGAAUCAGAGGAUGAAAAUGAUGAUAAUGAUGAUCAUUCAAUGAAUUAUGAUGAUUAUGAUGAGUACUUUUAUGCAGAGAAUUUAUAAUAUAGAUUACAAAUUUUGUUUUUUAACCCUAGGUUUCUGAGACUUGCUAAUGCGUUGCCGUAAGAUUUUUUUUAAAGAAAAGUGUUUCAGUCAAAAAUGCCCCAAAAAUUGUGAUUAUCAUAAUCUUAAUCCAAAAGUUGUAGUAAAUUAUAUAUAUUUAUAAUAGUAAAAAUAAGUUUAACGUGGAUGUAAAUAUUAGGCAUAAUUAAAACUCUUUUUUUGUUAUGUUUUUUUCAAUUUGAAAAUAUUAUAUGUUCAUAUAUUAGGAAGGUAAGGCUACACCUUGUGGUAUUUCAUCAUCUGGUAAGACUAAUAUUUCAUAUAAGGAUACUUCCACCUCUUUGCCAUCAUAUGGCAAAUAGCAUGUUUUAUAGCGAACAUGGACCUUCCCAGGUAUAAGUUUGCGAUCUAUCUUCGCUCUACCUAUAUAUAAAGGUUCAUUCUGCACUUCUGAGCGCCCUCCAAUGAAUGCAUUUUGAGGAAUAUAAUUGGUUCUUGUUUUAAUCCAUUUUGCAUUAUACCCGCAUAGUAUCUGGAAGUGAAUAUGUCAAAUUAUUAUUUUUUAAUUACUAAUUUACUACACAGGUUUUGUACACAAUAGCCACUACAUAAUGUGUUUACUAAAUAAAAGUAGUAAAAAAUGUAUUAUAAUUUGUAACAAUUUGUAUAAGGUGACAAAUAAAGUUCAAGUAAAAAUUUUUAAAA